AUAUAUAUAUAAUAUAUAAGAGUCUUUUAUGUUCAGAUUAGGGUUGUGAGUAAAAUAUGGAGCACCGAAAGAAGGCAAAAACAGACGACUACGGAAAAAGAACACAAUCGCUUCCUACCGACCUAAUCACUGAGAUACUAUUAAGGCUGCCUGAGAAAUCUGUUGCAAGGUUUAGUUGUGUGUCUAAGCUUUGGUCAUCAAUCACCACCGAUCCAUCUUUCAUCAGCUCGUUCGAAACUCGUUCCUCACGGCAGCGCCUUCUACUUUGUUUACAAAAAGGUGGGGAGUUGUUUGUUUCCUCGAUUCCACAGCAUACUCAGAACUCAAACAUGUCGUACUCUUCUUCUCUGUCGUUUGAUCAUCAUCAUAUGACGAAAUUCAAAGCUAGCUCCUCAUCAACAGAGUCUGUCCAUGGCUUGAUCUGCUUUGAAUCAGAAAACCCGAUAGUUUGGAACCCUAGCACAAGACAGUUCGUAACUUUACCAACUAUACCAAAACCCUGCAAGUCCUGGAAGGAAACAAUACUGUUUUUAGGAUAUGAUCCCAUUGAAGGUAAACACAAAGUAGUGUGCAUUCCAGAUGGAAAGACUUGUUAUGUGUGCCGAGUUUAUACAUUAGGAUCAGUUCAAGAAUCAUGGAGAACAGUCAAGAUUAACCAUAAGCAUCGUUCUAGCUGGGAUACAGUUGGGCGAUGCAUUAACGGUGUGAUAUACUAUCUAACCUUUCCUUGCCAGGGCGAUGAUUAUAUUGUAAUGAGCUUUGAUGUCAGAUCUGAAAAGUUCAAUAUGAUAAAACUACCAUCGGGAUUUUGUGGGCAUUUCCUGGUAAAUUAUAAGGGAAGGUUAGCUUGUUUUAAUAGAUAUGACCAUAGUAGAUUCUGGAUUUUGGAGGAUGCUCAGAAACACAAGUGGUCGAGUCAAGACAUUCUUUCACCGUUUGGUGACUGUGGUAUGGAAACUGAUUUUAACCUAACAGGUUUCACUCAUGCUGGCGAGUUUAUUUAUGUACCAAACACGUUUAGGCAUUUGUUUUAUACUUUAUUAUAUGAUCCGGUAAGAAACAGCUGGAGAAGAUUUGAAUUUAAAGAAAUGGCAGGUGACAAAUCUGUCAGUAAUGGCCUUGUACGUGAGUAUCGGCUCCAUGCUUUCCCGAACCACAUUGAUAGUCAAAUAUCUUUGUAACAAUUUGCUGCUGGUUUUCUUUUCCCUUUGGAUGAUACUCUUAUGCAACUUUAUAAAUUUUUUAAUAUUUUUUUUUUCAGUCUUUACUUCUAUUAUAUAUGUCCUUCAUUACCAGUUCUUUGUAAUUUAAGUGUAUAAAACAUGAACUGCACACACGGGAAUACGACGAUUACAGCUUUAGUUGCAAUAAUCAAAUCCUUUUGGUCACCUACCUCAUAUUUGAAUCUAACAUGAUAAGUAUAUAGCCGAAACAUUUUCAAAUUCUUCUGCCAUUUUGUAUCCCAACAACCAGCAUAAAAUGUUAUAUCAGACGUUGAAGGGUUCGUACGGUUUAUACUAAAUGUUAACAUAUUUCCACUAAAAGCUUUCAGAAAGUAUAUGUUGUUUACCAAUCCGCAGGUGAUAGCUUACGUGUUACCUUUAAACUUUGACCAAACCACCUAGUUAUGAGUAUGGAGAAGAGAAGCUUUAAAACUUAGGCCAAACCAAAUGCUUCAUUGUGUUUUUUUUUUUUUUUUGACAACACCUCAUUGUGUUAUGAAUAGAAUAUCCUAGAUAUUUUUGUUUCCCAAACCUUACUUAUUUUUUAAGUUAAGACUUUAUCUCCAAAUUAUUGUAUUCAUAUAUAAAUGAUUCAUUACUCAUAGAAUAAAACAUACCGAUUCAUUUUUCUAUUCUUCUUAUUUUUUUUUUUGUUUUACUGUUAUAGCCAUAAAAAAGGUCAAUGGUAUACGAUGGUUUCCCUUGGACCAGGACUGUUGUGUGUCAAUCCCAAAGAGCACGCCCAAAUCAUGAUGUUCCUUCACAAAAUUAAAAUGAAAUGAAUUUACUAAUCACUGAUUUUUGUAUGCAAUAUUAAUCGUAUGUAUUGGUUAUUGAGGAAAAUAUAGUCUGUUGUUCUUUUCACACAAACAUUUUAUCAAAAAUAAAGUAUAAUUAAUAUUCUCAACAAAAGAGAUGAACUUGUAUAAUUUAUUCAUGUAAUCAUAAUAAAACUCGUAAUACAUAAUAUGUCUCUCCUAGCUAACUGCAAAUGCAAAUACAUGUGAUGGUCGAAAAAACUCAAAUUCGGUAUAUUAAAUCUGACAAAUAUAGUUUGAGCCUUGAGGUUUGAAUCCAAAUACAUGUAUAAAUUGCCCUGCAAAAUGGUCAAAAGUAUUACUUAUAUGAUAUGUGAUCUUUCAAAUUAUGUUUAAGAUAUUGUCUUUUCUAAUAGCUAAUGACUUCGAGGAAAAAAUGAUGUUACAUUUUAUAUAUUGUCUUUUCUGCCUCCCUUGAAUUAAACAUAAUAAUUAAAAAUUCCUUAUGACAAAGCAUGCUUUUGUUUUGUUUUGGACAAAGCAUGAUUUUGUUAUUUUCCUGUUUCGGCGGCUUGUAUCCCUCUCUCUAUAUGUAUAUUCUCGAUCCAACAUGUCAUAAGCACAGAAAAUUUUACAACUUCUUUGAGGUUUUUUAAGCCAUGCAUCUUUACUUAUCUUUCACACUCAUUUACAUACAUAAUAUUAUCUGGGUUUCCCUCUCUCAAGCUUCUUGCAAGUUGUUUCUCAUCAACAACAAUUGAAAUGUGGUAAGUCCAACCAAAAUAAACUCAGUUGGUAAAUUAGUUAUGAAUAUUUUGGGUAAAAUUUAUAAGAAUGUGUAAUUAAUUCAAAUUAAACUCAGUGUGGCUUAUAUAUAUUUCAUAAGUUAGAAAUGUCUAUCUCAAAUACGUUCUUGUGCGCUUUUUAUUUUCUUUUCUAAUUAAGGAAAUGGGUUGGCAAUGUCGAAUAAAUUGAAAGACUUAACUAUCUCUUUGAUUUGGCUUUGUAAUGCACAUGUAACUAGUAAUCCAAUUGUGAAUAGAUAGGAGUAUCAAAACUUUUCUAAUAUUCUUUCUGGAUUCACAUCAUUAUUAUAGUCUCAAGUUUAUUAAUUUAUAGAGUUUUUUCUUUAGUUAUCCUUUCCUCAAGGACUGGUUUCACAUUUAAACCAUUACUCAUAUGGUUAUUAUACAAAUUUAAGGAUGGAUAUACAUUCAUGAUCCAUACAAACAUAGAUAAAAUAUAGAUGCAUAUAUAUAUGCCUGCAUACAUAUAUUCACGCGUGCAUAUAUCAUAUACAUAUAAUA